AUGGUGUAUGCAAUUAUUCUUAAAAAUGAAAACAUACAUAAUAUUGCACACACAAAUGGUGAGAACGAAAACGAUAGUAACGUCGCAAAUAUCGACCAAGCAAAUGGUAAACAAACAAAUAGGCCAACCUUUUUAAAUACAAAGAUAAGUACAACAUAUAAAAAUGGGGAUAGUAAUACAAAGAAUGUGAAAAAAAACAAUUACUCAAUAUUAGAUUAUUUCAAUUUGAAGAGACAAAAAAAACAAACAGUUGAUAAUGAUAAAAAAUUUAAUUUAUUCAAUAAUUUGGAUGAUGAUAAAAAUAAUCACCUAAAGAAAAAUUUUAAGGAUAAUUUCUUUAAUCCACAAAUCAAAGAAAGUAGUAAUUCGAAACACAGUGAUAUUUUAUUACAAUAUAUUGCAUAUAUAUAUGAACAGAAAAAACGGGACCAAAAAAAUAUUAAGGAACAUAUAUUAAAAUUAUUGAUAUUAUUAAAAAAGAGAGACAUAUAUUUAAAAAAAUAUUGUAAAAAAGUGUAUCUCUCUGAAUUAACAAAAAAAAAUAAUAAAAUUAAAAAUGGAAAGAAAAGUAAUAAUAUAUGUAACACACUAGAAGAUAUUAAUGAAAAAUUAUAUAUAAAUAAUAUAUAUAAUAAAAAAAUUAAAAAUGUGAAAUUUUAUUCAAAUAUAAUAAAUAAUACAAUAUAUGAAUAUAAAGUAACAUAUUGUAAAGAAAACGAACUAAUAUGUUUUCAUUAUUAUGAUGGAUAUAAAAAAUUUUAUAAAAUUUCCAAUCAUACAUUUUUUUAUUUAACACCUAAUGAUAAAAGCAUUUUUUAUGAUUGCUCUGAUAGUAAUAAUAGACAAAAUGAAGACAACACAUGUUUACCUUGUCAUAGUCAUCCACACAUUUAUACAUUUCAAAAAAAUUUUGAUAACAAAUUUAGGAUAGAAAUAAUUGACACACAAAAUAAAAGAAGUAACAUAGAAUUUUUUAUUGAUCAUAAACCCAUUCGGGUGUUUUGCAAUAAAGAUUAUUUAUUUUUUGUAAAUGUGAUAAACAACUUAAAACAUGUAAAGUACUUUUCAUACUCAGUAGUAUAUACUAACGAAAGUGCUAGCAAUGAUAACAAUACAAACCACAGCUGUAGUAGCAAUAAUGAUGAUAUUAAAAGUGACUUUCAAAAUAAUGUCAAUCCAAACAAUGGAAAAAAAAUAAGAAUUGUUUACAUAUCACCUGUCCAUCCAAUUUAUUCAAAUGCUAUUAUUAAUAAAAACAGCUAUAAAUUUUUUAAAAAAUGCAAAUAUUUUUAUGAAAAAGAAAAAAUUUUUAUGUGGACAGAUGAAUUAAUUAACUUUUCACCUGAACAAGACAGGUUAAAUAUGAUUCCAAAUAUGAACAUUAUACACAUUAAUUCAAAUACAAAUUUAUGUAUUGCAUUUGAAGAAAUUACUGAGACAUAUUUUUUUUUUCAUAUUUUAUAUGAUAUAAAAAAAUAUAAUGAUAAGUAUUUGUAUAAUUAUUUUAAAAAGGAAAAAUUAAAUAAAUUUCUUGUUUUUCAACAUUUUUUAAGUAUAAAAAAAAAUAAAUUUUUUUGUCAAGGUCAAAAAAUUAAGAAUAUUAAUUUUAACACAGAAAUAUAUAAACCACAAUUUGUUUUUAUCCCAGGAGGUAAUAAAAGUAUCCACAGUAAAAUUAAAUUGUGUUUGUAUGAUAAUGUUAAUAAUUUAUUGUUUCUUAUACCUAUAUAUCAUAAAUAUGUCAAAGAUAAAAUUAAAAUUAUAAAAAAUGUAUUAAAUUUUACCACAAUAAACAUGUCCCAAGAAUUUUCAACAUUUAAAUAUUAUCCAUAUAAUAUAUGUGCAUAUAUAAAUAACCAAAUUAAUACUACUAAUUUAAAAUGCCGAAAUAUUCCUAUGACUUUGGAAGAAAAUAUUAUUAAUGUCUCGACUUCUUCGAAAAGACAUUCCUAUCUAAGAAAUUUGUUAAAUACAAAAAUGAACAUGUUCAAAAAUAAAGAAAAUAUUAAAUAUGAAUAUAAUAAUUUUAUAAAAAAAAAUCAAUUAAAUAACCCUUACAUUCUUGAUAUAAACAAAUUAAACCAUUUCAUUAUUGUUCUAAAUACAGAUGGAAUGUUAUAUUUGCUUUCGGAUGAUGUAUAUAUUUCUACUGUCCAUUUAUAUAAAGGCAUACCUAAUAAUAAUGCUACCACCAACAUAAAUAAUAAUAAAAAUUCCAAAUCUUGUGAUGAUCCUAAUUUUCCUGACGAACAAGUAUAUAACUUACAUAACUCAAACCUUUGCAAUAUAACAUUAGACACUAUAAAUUUUUCACAAAAUAAUCGAAUAUGUCUUAAUUCUUAUAGAGUUCAUAUUGAUAUAUUACCAAAAAACCAAACAUUAAAAAUACUUUUAACCUUUUUUUAUUAUUAUAUAUGCAAAAAAAUAAGUCUUGAAUUUUUUAUCAUAUGUCUUCAUGAAUGUAAAAAAAGGGAAGACGACACAAAUAUUUUUCGUUUUAUAAAUAUUGAUAUAUACUUUUUUGAUGAUGAUCAAAAUUUAGAUAAUAUCGAUGAAUUUUCUCAUUAUAAAAAUGUUGUAGAAAAUGAAAAUACACAAGUAAACGAAGACAUAAAUAAUGUAAAAAAUAGCGACAAAGAAAAUGAGCUAUCAGAAUUAAGCAAAUGCAAACUUAACGAAAUUAACAGCAAUGAUAAAAAUGUGAAACCCGACGAUGCUACUAAUGAUAAACAUAAUGAUUCAUCACACACAUUAAAUCAUAAUAUGCAUAUAAAUAAUAAAAUGGAUAAGUUUAAAAUCUUAAAUAAUAAUUUUUUUGAUGUUGAAAAUAUGGGUCACAUAGAGUUUUGUCGAUUUAUUUAUUUGUUUAUGUUAAUUUGUGUAGAAAACAUCGAGACAUAUCGUAAAUUAGAAAAAUAUUUAUAUAUUAAAAAAAAAAAAAAUAUAAUAGAAACUGAAUAUAGCCAAAUGCACCUCAACUGUUUUUCAUUUAGUUCGGAAACAGACACAGAUAUAGACAAAAAUAACAACGAAAAAAAUAAUAUUCACAAAAAUAAUAUUCAUAAAAAUAACUCAAGCAAUUUGGUACUUCAAAAAUUGACUAGUAACAAUUCUAACAAUAUUUUCGAAGAAGUAACUAGUCAGUCUACAAGUACCGAUGAACAUGAUAGUAGCUCAACGUGUGCAAGCUUCAAUGACACACAUAAACAAUAUACUAAAAAAAAUACAGUUAAAAAUAUUUCAAACAAUUUUGAAUCAUAUAAUUAUUAUAAUGUCAUAAAUAAUUAUAUAAAAUAUGUACAUAUUAAGUAUAAACAUAUAUAUAAUAAUAAAUACUUAAUACUAACAUAUAUGCAUUUAUAUUAUGAUGAAAUUAAUUUAUCAGAAUAUAUAAAUCAAAAUAUCAAAGACAAUAUUAUUUUAAUAAUUCUUAUUAUAUCAUAUUCACUAAAUUUAUAUAAUUUUAUGUUUCAUUAUUUUAACAAAUUCAGUGAUCUCAAAAAAAAAACAUUCAAUUCUUUUUAUAUACACAUUUGCAAAAAAUAUUACAAGCAUGAAUUAAUCAGAUCAUGCUAUUCUGUAGAGGAAAACUGCGAAGGAACGCCACUUUGUGAAAUGAAAUGUAAAUAUUUGACAAAAAAAAAAAAAGAAAACUUUUCAGAUAAAUCCAAACUCGAUACCCAACCCAAUAAUGAUCACAAUUGUCAUAACGAAAAUUUACAUAAUCACGAUUCUAUCAAAAAUACGACAAAAGAAAAUAUAACUAUCGAUGAAACCACAAUAAACUCAAAUGAACAAUAUGAAAAUAAUUCAGAAUGUGAAACCCAAUACACACAAAAUAAUAGUAAUACAUUAAACAGAAAAAAUGAAUAUAAAAUGCAUGACAAAUAUAAAUUUCUAAAUAGUUAUCUAAAAAAAAUAUACCUAGAAUUAAAUGAAAUUCCUAACACCUUAAACAUAAUAUAUAAAAUUGUUCCUAAUAAGGAAGGAGACUAUAAAGACAAUAUCAAAAAAUCGGCAAUGGAUUAUUUUUUUCUACAAAAUAUGGAAUAUCCUUCCAAAAAAUUAAAACUAAAAUAUGAAUAUUAUAUAAGAGAAAUAGAAAAAAUUUUUAAUAUUAUAAUAAAGAAAAAAGAAAUUAAAAAUAAUGAAAAUUGUUAUAAAACAGAAAAUGGAAACAUAAAUAAUAUCAAAGAUUGUUUCAAAAAUUUUCAAUCAUUUAAAAAAUCAAUACUUUGUAAUGAACAAGUUAAAUUUUUAUAUUAUUUUUAUCCUUUAUUUUUCCCAUUAAAAAAUUUAUUAAUUAUUUCUUAUAUGAAUAUAUUUUACGGUCAUAAUUUUAAUCAAAGUGUAAUUAAUGAUAGCCUUUUAAGAAAUAUAAUUAAAAACGAAUUAGACAUUUUGUAUAUAUCUCCUUUUAACCUAAAUUUUAUGGAUAAUAACAAAAAUUCGAUAAUACCUACACAAAAUUUGAUUUCGAUUCCAAAAGAACCAACUUUCUCUUCUCAUGAUAAAUGUACACCUCAAAGGGAAACUGUAAAAAAAAAAAAUAUUAAAAAUUUUAGAAAACGAAGCAAAAUCAAAAAAUAUGCUCAUUAUAAAGAAGCAUCUAGUGAAAAAGAAAAAUUAUCCAUUAAAAAAAUAACAGAUAAAAAAAUUCGAAAUAAUAAUAGUGAAAAUAAAUCCAAAAUAGAGGGGAAUAGUAUUAAAACUAAAGAUUCAAUGCGACCCAUAUAUUCCGAAAUACAUUCUGAAUAUACCUAUAAUGAAGGGGAUCAAAAUCAUGAUAUAAAUUAUUAUAAAAAAAAAAUAAAUUUCUACACAUUUAAUAUAAAAUGUUUUGAUUCUAUAAACAUAGUUAACAUAGAUAUUGUAAACAUACCACUAAAAUGUAUAUAUUAUGAAAAUUUAUAUCUUUUGAAUAAAUAUGUGCAACUUUUUUAUUCACUUCUUUUUAAUACGGAUUAUUUGUAUAAAACAAGAGGUACUUCAAGAAUGGAGCUAAAGGAUAUACCCUUCAAUGAAAAAAAAUUAUUAAAUAGUGAUCAAUCUAUAAACGAUAAAGCAAUAUGUAUUGACUACAAAAGUGACUCACAAUUUUGUAUUCAAGAAGCAAAACAAAAAACGGAGCUAGACAAUAGGGAUCGAAAUAGUUACAAGAAUAUAUCGAUCCCUUUGGGGAAUAUAAAUUUGUCUUCACCCAUGAGCAUGCUUAAAUUUGCAGGGUGUUACGAAAUAUUUAAUUUCCAAAACGAACUGUUUUAUGUUAAUAUAAAAAGAGAAGACAUUUUUUUUAACAAAUGCUUCGAUUCACCAAAUAUACAAUUAAAAACUAACUUUUUAAAAAUUAUAGAUAUAUUAGAUAGUGGAAUUGAAAUUAGUAAUAGUAACACUAAUAUGUUUAUGUAUUAUACUGAUGCUUAUAUUGAAAGAAAAAAAUUAUAUAUGAAAAAAAAAAGGAAUCGAAGAAAGAAAAAAAAUAAAGACGAUCAAAUAAGCGAAGGGGAGAAUGACGAAAAAAAAAAAUCAAACAAACAAAAAAAAACAGAAAACUCAUAUAAUAAUAAUAACAACAACAAUGAUCCUUGUGAUAAUGAACCAUGGAAUUAUAAUCAAAAUGAAAAUGAUGAAAAAAGUAGUGUUUAUAAAAAAAAUAGAAUAAUACAAAAGAGCUAUUUAAGUGAAUAUAAAAUUUUAAAAGAUUGUUGCUUUUUUUUUGAUACAUUUAAAAUGGAUAGAAAUAUAUCUUCUUGUUAUUUCCCACAUAAUAAAGACCAUGUUUUAGUUUAUUUAAAUAAUUUUCAUAACUAUUAUUUUUCUAAAUAUUAUAAAAAGAGAAAAGUACAUUUAUUAAAGGGUAGAGAUGGAAAAAUACAAAAUAGACCAGCCAAUAAUCUGCUUGGAAAUGAGGGUUUAGGUGGUGCUAACCAAAUUAAAGAUGAUGGUUCCGAUACAAAAAAUGACGAUUUAAUUGAUUUGGCAGAUAUUGGGAAUAGUUCAGACAGUUUAGAAAGUGCAUAUUUACACAAACAUAAAUAUAAUAAAAAAAAUGUAAAUAAAUAUAUUAAACAAAUUGUUCAAUUAGUUGAAUUAAAUAAAUUAGAAAAAAAAAAUAUAUUAAUAGAUAUAAAAAAUGAUAAAAGUCUAGAUAAUACAUUAGGCUUAAUGCAUCUAUAUUAUACAUUAGAAAAAUUUUAUAAAAUGAAAUAUGUAAGUAUGCUUAAUAUUAGUGGGAUCAAUUUUUUUAAUAUAGUAAAUUCAGUUCAUUAUAAACCUGAUAUCAAUUUUACUAUCAAAUAUAGUUUAUAUGUAUAUUUAUUUGAUUCAAAAAAUCAUCAAAGUAUCUUAAGUAGUGUAUCUAUGAAUCAAAAUGAAACUUUUUCAAAUAACAUUAUUUCAUCUCGAGGAUAUAAUAGAGAUAUAUCAGAAGAUAUUAAUUAUAAUCGAAGUAGUUAUAAUAGUAGAUAUAGUUUUAGAAACUCAUUCAAUGAAUCUAGCUACUUAUCUAAUCGCCGUUUUUCACGGGAUCAAUUUAAUAAUUAUGUAAACUCAAUUGCCAGACGAGAUAGUAGCAUUGCAAUUAACCCCUUCAAUAAUAAUAAUAUGAUUACUGAUUCACGAGGAUAUGCAAACCAACGAGGAAAUCAUAAUAAUGAACAUGGUCGACCUGAAAAUACUUAUAACUCAAUUUAUAUGACAAGAAAUGCCGAUUUCCGAAAUAAUAAUACACAUAGAAAUUAUGAUGAAUAUGAUAUGAGCAAUAACCAGAAUAGAAGACUAUACACAGAUACAUUUAAUGAGUCUUCAGAAGUUACUAUGCUGAAUAGAAGAAUAAGAGAGUUUAAUAGUUAUUGGAAUUCGGAUAGUCCAAAUAUAAGAGAAAAUCAACCACAAGGAAACGAUGAGGGUUCUAGAACAGACACAGGAAAUGCAUUCCCUAAUAAUCAAAUUGAUGAACCUCGUGACGAUGAAACAGAUACUUUACACCCUACCAGACCAAGUCAAAACCUCAAUACAAGUCCAAAUGACAUAAGUCCAAACGGAGAAAAUGAAUUAGAUUAUAUCCAAAAUAGAAAUUCAAAUCGUAUCUCAAAUAGACUUUCAUAUAGAGAUUCAAGAAAUCGACGUUCAUCGAAUUUUAUACAAAAUUUUAAUACUAAUAAUAAUAAUAAUAUAAGCGAAUAUUAUAUAGAUGAAGAUAUUGGAAGAAAUGAAAUACAAAGGGAAAGUAGAAAUAGUAAUUUUUUAGAUCGAAAUGAUAUGAACGAGUCAGAAUAUAACUCUCUAUAUAGUUAUCCACAUUUUAGAAACAACUCAGUAAAUUUUACACGAGAUAUUGUGUCCUUUACAUUUAAUACACCACCUAAUAUACAACAUAGAUCUAAAUUAGAAAGAAUAAAAUGUUCCUAUAAAAAAAGAAAUAAAAAAAGAAUUAAUAAAAUAAAAUUAAAAAUAAAUAGUAUAUUAAAUACGUUAAAUGUUCAUAUGAAAACUGAUAAAAUGGAAAAAACAUUUACUUUAAAUAAGUAUAUUAAAAAAUUAAAUACAUAUAAAUCGAUUUUAAGAAAUUUUAAUACAGUUACAACAAAAAAAUUAAAAAAUAAAAUGGGAAUUUCAACCGGUUCAAGAAGUAGUUUUUUCUUAGAUAAUACUAUUACCACAUUAAAUAACAAUAGUAAUAAUAAUCGUGAACAUAUUAACGAUAGUCAAAACUUUAGUGGCCAAAGAGAAGGUAUGACAAAUGGUCAAACACAGAAUAAUGGCAACAGAUUAGAGAGUAGUAGAUCUUCUUCAUCUGUUUCAUCUUUUUCAAAUAUAGAAAGUGAAAAUCAUAGUCCAAACAAUAGAAAUAAUCGUACAAAUAAUUAUAAUACAUCUGUUAGAAAUCUAAAUAAUAUCAAUUUAGAUGAACAUGAUCGAAACAUAAAUAAUACAAGUUAUGAAAUGAAUAUUGGGAAUACAACCUUUAAUGGAAAUUAUUUAGGACGAGAUAAAAUACAAAGUCAAUCAUUUUCACCAAUUAAUAAUUCUCCAAUAUAUAAUAAUGAUAAUUCUUCAAAUGAUGAAUAUUAUUCCAGUAAUUUUUUAUACACACCUAACAAACCAUUAAAUGAAUAUACAGAAAAUGACAAAAUCAAUGAUAUAUCUUUUUAUAAUGUUCAUAGAAGACCUAGUUUAAAUAUAUACUAUAAUGGAAAUUCUAGAUUGUCAAAUAAUAUAUAUAGUAGAAGAAGUAGCUAUUAUAUAAAUAAUGAAAUAGACGAAAGUUCUCCAUCCAUUCAACAAUAUGAUAGACGAAAUAGCUACCUCAUAAAUAAUGAUAUCAGACGAGAUAGCAUAUUAGCAGAAUUAAAUAUGUACAAUAGAGAAAAUAAUAAUGAUGAUUCAUAUGAAAGUAUAAAUUAUGGACACCAACAUAGAAUAUCAGGAAAUAGUAUAUUAAGUAGAAGAAAUGUAUCAUUUUAUAAUGAUGAACAUUUAAGAAGACAACGAAAUAAUUUAAAUGAAACAAUAUCUAGCUAUACAGAUACUAUACCAGAUGAAAACGAUAAUUAUAGAUAUUAUAAUAACAAUAUUAAUAAUAAUAUAUACGGAAUUAAUAAUUUAAAAUACAAAUUAAAAAAAAAACUUGAUUAUUAUGAUUUUUCAUUUGACAAAGAACAAUCUAUAAAAUAUAAUAAUUUUGUUAAUGGGAAAAUUAGAAAUGAAUUAAAAUUACACUGCUCUAUUUGUCAAACUAUAUUAUAUAAAAAAUAUGAUGAAAUAGAUAAAAAGAAAAAUUUAGUUUUAUUAAAAAUAAUAAAUAAUGAAAAUUAUUUAUAUAAAUUUUUUAAUAAAAAUUAUAAAUAUUGUGGUGUAUACUAUUUAGCUGGUCUAAUUUUUGGUUUAGGAUUAUUACAAUUUUUUCAAAAUGUUAAUGUUUCUUUAUUUUUACAAUAUAUAUUAAAAUUUAAAAAUAGAAGUUUAUAUAUUUGUUCUAUCUUAGGAUUAUCUCUUUCUUUAAUAUCAUCACGAAAUAUAGAUCUCACAUUUGUUUGUAUCAAUUUUUUAUUUAAAGAAUUAUAUGGCACACAAAAAAUUAAAUAUCAAAAUUUACUGAUCCGUUGUUUAAACACAAAUAUGUGUAAAAUAGAUGUCUAUGAAGAUCAUGAUGCCACUAAAGCCACUUUUCAAAACAGGAAAACCAAACAACGAAAUGGCUAUAAAUAUGAGAGAGACACAAAUCUUUCAUCAAAUAAUAUUGACGAACUUCGAAAUAAUAACUGCAAAAAUAUGUAUAUGAAUAAUUCAGAUUGUUUUAAUUUCUUAUAUGCAUAUGAUAAUGAAUUAUCUGAUCAAACAACAACAACAGAACAUUUUUCUACUGAUUCCUCUAAUAUGUCAAAAAAUUUAACUAUAAAUAUUACAAACAAUUUUAAUAACCAAAAUGAACAUCAAUCCAGUCUACCAAAUUUAGAGCAACAAAACUCUCGAAUUUCACAACAAAAUAGUACAGACUUAAAUAUACACCCCAAUUCUAGUGCUAGCAAAUGCAUCGAAAAUAAUGAUCAAUAUAAGGAAGGAUCCCAAAAUGAUAAAAAAAAUAAUUCCAUACAAAACUAUAUGAAAGACGAAUUAAAUAUAUAUGAUGAUGAUAAUGAACUAAAUGAAUUUACUAAAAAAUAUGACAACAUAGAUGAAAUAUAUUCUCUUCUUAAUGUAUCAAUGCAUGAAUCAGAUUUUUCUGAAAUGUCACCAAAAAAAAGGAUGGGAGAAUCAAACCAAUUAUACUUUGGAAAUGAUGAUAAAAAUUCAAAUAAUAUAAAUAGCCGUAAUAAAAUUAUUGAUAAAAAUAUAUCUGGGAGCAAUCCAAAUAUUGUUGAUUCAAAUGGACAGAAUAAUGGAAACAAUAGUAACAAUCGUCGAAUAGAACAGGAGUAUAAAUGGAAUUUACUUAAAAGAUAUGAAGAACUAGACAGAAUAAAAAAACAAAAAAAAAAAAAAAAUACACAUUUAGAUAAUCUUGUUUUUAGUAGUAAUAUAUUAUGCUUAGGUUAUCUUCAUAUGAAUAGCAAAAAUGAAAGUUUAAUAAAAACAAUUUUUAAACUUUUACAAAAAAGAGAUUUAAAUAAAUUAAAUUUGUUAUGUAUAUUUUGGGCAAUUGGAUGUAUAAAUUUUAAAAAUGGCAACAUAUUUAAUAAUUUAAUUAGCUCUUUAUUUUAUUUUAUAAAUGCAAAUAUACCAUUUAAUAUACAUAAAAAUAGUUUUAUAAAAAAUUAUUCACUUAAAUAUUUAAAUCUUGAUGGUAUAUCAUAUAAUUUAAUGCAUAUGAUUAUAUCAUCAUCUAUUUCAGUCUCUUUAUGUUUUUACAAAACUAAUAAUAUUCAUGCAUUUAAUAUGAUUUUUAUGCCUAUCAAAUUUGAUCAUAUAUAUUAUUUUAAUAAUUAUGAAGUUAUGGUUAAAUCUUUUGCAAGAAAUAUGAUUAUCUUUGAUUUUGUUGAUUUAUCUCAUGCAUAUAUUUUAGCAAAUAUUCCAAAAUUUUUAAGAAUACUUCCAAACGAUUUAAAUAGAAAUAAAAAAAACCAACUACCAUAUAUGCACUUAAUUGAUGAAAAAGGAAAUUUCAAAGAUCCCGAUCUAGAAAAUAAAUAUUUCGUAAAAAAUGGACAUUUAAAUUUACAACACCUUUUUGUUUCCAAUCAAAUAAACAAUGCAAAAAAAUAUUUAAAUCAAGAUGGAUAUUAUUUCGAUUUUGAUCAAACAAAAGGAAAUUUUAACUGUUUUAAUGAUCAAAUAAAACAUGAUGACAAUAUUUCAAAUAUGCACUAUUUUUUUCAUGGGUAUGACUAUAAUAAUUUCUCAGAUUGUACACACAAUAAUAUGGAUGUAAAAAUACAAAACAAUGAAGACACCAAAAUUAAUCGAACUAGUAAUGAUAUUAUCAAAGGUGAUACUAAAAAUUGUCAAAAAAAUGAUGAAGAAAAAUUAUUAAAUAAUCAUACAUUUAUUUAUAAUUGUGAAAUAUUACGAUAUUAUAUUAUUAUUGGAGUUUUACAAGUACUUAGCUUGAAAUAUUUAUCAACACAUCAUGAUACACUCAAAAAAAUAUGCUUUGAUUAUAUUUAUUAUUUUGAAAACAUUAAUAAAGAUAUAUAUUUAAAAAACAAAAUUAAAAAAUUAUAUAAAAAAAUUAAUUAUUUAGUGCAAAAAAUUAAUCAUAAUCUUGGUAAUGAAAAAAAUCAAGACAAAAAACAAAAAAACAAAAAAAAACAAGUCUCCUAUAAAUCUAAUCCAAAUACCUAUUCAAAAAGCCAAAAAAAUAACCAUUUAGAAAAUAAUAAUGAAGAACCGAUAUAUUCAGAUCAUUCUAUAUUAAAUAGCAACAGCAGUGAUAAUCAAUUGUCUAAACAAAAUAAAAAAGGAAAAAGAAAUGCUCAAAAUAUAGACAAAACCACUUCAUAUUUUAAUCAAUAUGAUGAAGAAAGAGCUCAAACAAAUCCAGACGAAGAAAAUCUAUCAGAUUACAAUAACAAGUUUGAAAUUGAUAACAAUUUUUAUAAUUUUAUUGCAGAUAUAAAUUUUAAUAAUUCAUCCUCAAGUAAUGAUUCGGAUAGACUCAAAAAAAGUAAGAAUAGAAAAAGAUCGGGAAGAAGUUCAAACAGAGAUGGAAUCGAAUAUGACAAUAUGCGCUCUCAAUUAAAUAGUGGAAUAUCUCCUAAUGAUAAUAAUCCACAAUCUAAUAUAUCUCAGACAAAAAAUAAAAAUAAAAACAGUGCCAUUAUCAAGGAUAACAAAAACAAGGCAUCAACCUAUUCACACAUAUAUAAAUUAAUACUAAAAUAUGUUAAGCAAAUUAAAAAAAUAAAAAAAUAUUUGGAAAACUCUUAUGAAACGAUAAAUAUGCCCAGUACUGUAAUCGACAAAGAAACAUAUUUAAAAGAAUUUUUUAAAACCGAAGAAAUCAUAAAACAAAAAAAAGAAAUAAAUGGAGAUUAUAUUUGUGUAAUAAAAGAAGAUGAUGUAAAUGAUAUAAUUAAUUUAAUGUAUCAAUGUCUAUCUUUUACUUUUGUUGGAAGUUGUGAUAAAAUGUUAAAUAAAAAAAUUAAAAAAAAAAUUAAUAAUUUAAUAAAUAUUAGAGAUAAAAAUACAAAUAAUUUAUACUAUUAUUAUUUAGGGUACAUAAAUUUAGGAUCUGGAAAAUAUAUUUUAAAAAAACAAACAAGUUUAUCAAUAUGCACAUUAACAUUAAUAUUAUUUACCUUUUUUCAUAUAUAUGACCUCUCUUCUCGUUUUAUAAUACACUUAAUUGAAUUUUUAUAUGUCUUAUUAAUGGAUAAAAGCUUUCUAAAAAUAUAUGAUCUAACAUCAAAUAAAUUUGUUAAUUUGCCUAUUCAAUUAAUAUAUAAAGAAAAAGUCACUACUUAUACUAUCCAUAAAAAUACAUUCAAGGAAAGCAAAAUAAAUACUACCCCACAAAAAGCAAAACAACCCAUAUCUACUACUUUCCAAAAUGAUGAAUACCUUUUGCGAAAAAAAUCCUAUUCGAAUUACAACAAAAAAAUAAUAUCAUCUCCUAGUGCUAUACCUUUAUUGGAUAUAAUAAAUUUGUCAAUUAAAAAUUCUGAAUAUUACAGUCUAAGUUUUUCAUGCCCAACAAAAGAAAAAACCAAUGAAAAGGAAUCCUAUAUAAAUGAUGAAGACAAAUUGAAACGUUUUGAAAUUGACCAUUUAAGUAAUAUAUCAUAUAACCCUAGUUAUUUUGAAAGUUCAAAAAAUGAGAAUAAAAAUCAUAAUAUGAUAAAAAAAAUUAUAAAAAGAGGAAUAUUAUUUGUUAAAAAAAAAGAAUGCACAAACGAUUUUGUUGAUUAUAACAAUAUACCCAUAUCAAAUAUGCUUGAAGAUGUUUCUGCUAAUGUUGAAAUAAACCAAAUUAAUGAAGACUAUAAAACUGAUAAUAAUUGUACAAAAUCCAAGACCCUUGAAUUAUAUAAUAUUGCAGAUAGUGGUCCCUCUUAUAAUUACACAUCAGAUCAUCACAAAUUUUAUCUAAAACCUGAAAAUAAACAAAAUAUUCUUAGAAAUCAAAUUAUGAAAUAUACAAAAAAACAAAUUUAUAUACUCAAAUUUUUAACAGAAAUAAUCAAAUAUUAUGAAAAAAUUCCAUUUAUUUAUUCUGAUGAAACAUUAAUGCAAUUUCAAUUAAAAAAUAGUUACACACACACAAAUGCGAGUGAAAUAUUAAUGUUAAAAUAUUAUGUAAAUAUUGAAGAUGAUCAAAAUAAAGAAUUAUAUCAUAACAAACAAUUAUUAGAACAAAAAUAUUCGAAACUUUUCUUACAUUUUAAUGACGAAUUUAAUAAAAUAAUUCAUAAAAUUGACCAUAUUAAUAAUGAAGAUAAAUAUGGAAAAUAUCAAAACUUUUUAAAACUUAUAUAUCAAUAUAUUUAUAAUUAUUACAUGAACAGUUCAACAAAAUUAGAAACCAAUUCUUUGAAUGAACAAAAUUGUAAUAACCAAAAAUCUAUCAAAGAUUAUGUUAAAAAGUUUAUGAAUUUAGAAAAUGGUCUCAAAAAAGGAAAUGAAACAAGUACGGAAAUCAUAAAUAUAUCUUACACAGCUAGCCAAAAUACUAGCACACCUUUUUUUUCUAUAAUAAACAUAAAUAAUAUGUACAAAAAUAAACAUUUCAAAAAUAAUAUAUAUACGAUCUAUUAUAAAAAUAAAGAAAAAAAUGAACAUAAUUUAAUAAACGAUAUAAACAAAUUAUUAAUAGAUUAUUCCAUUGGAAAAAUAAAAACAUUUACAAAAUAUUUAUUACCUAAAGAAGUUUAUAAUAAUAAUUUUUUUUUUGUUUUAAUCCAAAACUUACAUAUAGACAAAUGUGUAAAUUAUUUACCUGUCUUGUCAGAAAUAUAUAACUCCUUUUAUUUUUUCUAUGAAUUUUUUUAUAAAUAUUGGGAAUCAUUUUAUUUAGAACAACAUGAAAAAUUUGCUACACAAUUUCGAAUAUCCACAUUUACAAACACACACGAAAGACGUAAAAAUUGUAUCAAUAAAAAUAAUUUUGAAAAAUCUGAAGACCCCAUAAUAUAUGACCUUGAAUUUUUUAAUUAUUUUACUAAUGUUCAAAAAAAUAACAAAAAAAAAGAAAAAUAUAUUUACAUAGAUGAUAUAUAUAAUAAUAAGGAAGGAGAAAAAUACUUGUUACAUAAAUAUACCAACAAUCGAUACUGCUUACAAGGGAAUAAUAAAAAUGAAAUAUUUAAAAGAGAUGAAAAUUGUUUAACACAAAAAAGUAUAUCAAUAACACACAAGCCUAUAUAUAUAAAAGAUAGAGAAAAAAAUUUGAAAAAUACAUUUUUUAAUAAAUUGGAUUAUAUACUUAGUUGUAAUAUUGACUACUUAAAAAUUUUGGAAGCACUUUAUAAAAAUUGUAUUACUAAAACUAAUUUAAUUAAAUAUUUAUUAUUUUUAAAUAAUGAUUAUUAUUUUACAUAUUUCUUUGAAAAUAAUAUCAAAUUGGUUAAAACUAUUUUUAUACAAUAUUAUCAAAAAGGCUAUAUAGACAAGCAUAUCAUUUUUAAUAAUCAAAAAAUAAGUGUUACUGUGUCAACAAAUUUAAUAUAUUUAUAUACUACCUAUUGCAAUUUCCCAACAUAUUAUCAAUUUUGGAAUACUCUUAUUAAGAAUAAGGAAAAUCAUAUUUUUAUUCCCAGACAUAGAUAUUUAUAUAACUACAAAUAUAACAAAUAUGUACGCUCUCUUAUUUUUGAAGUAAAUAAAUUAAUACAUACAUAUGGCCAAACUUGCCAAACAAAUAAAAUGAUACAAAAAGUUCGACCAAACUAUAAAAAUGCACACACACGACGAAGGAAUAAACGAUAUUACCCCUACAAUUGUCAACAUAUAUACACCAUUAAUAGACGUAAUAAACAUUUCCUUACUAAUAAACAAAAAAAAAGAAAACUAGCAUUACCAAAUAAACAGUUUUAUAAAGCAAAUAUGUGUAAAUUACAAAAUUAUUUAAAAGAAAAAACAAAAAACAAAAAAAUUGAUAAAAAAAAUGUUCUACUACAUAAAACAAAAGGUGACACACAUCACUCUAUUUAUUUACUUAAACAAAUAGCAUAUAUUAUACAAAAUAAUGGAAAAAGUAAAACUAAUGAACUAAACAAAUUAUUAUUAAAUUUACAACUUAAUAAUUCACCAUUUGAUAUAUACAAUUUUUUUAAAAAAUGGUUAAACAAAAGUGAAAAUAUAUCAAAAAUGUUAAUUGACACAUAUAAUGUUUCCUUAUUUUCCACAUAUAUUAAUUUAUUUUUUGCUGAUAUUUUAUUUUGUUUUUUUAUUGGAAAUUUAUAA